GUUAACGUCAGCUGAGAUAAUGAUUUGAUCUCAAAACACGAUUAUGCUGCUGUAGUGUUUUCCCCAUAGACGAGAGAGCAGCAAUUUAGUCACGUACUUUUUCUUGCGACUCGUUUGUCCAGACGCGCGCUUUUAAACACAAAUACAAGACACUGUUUGGCUGCGUGUACCUACAGUUGUAGUAUUACUAUGGCUUUCGUUGAUAUCGGCGGCUUGGAAAUAUAUUAUGAACAAUUUGGUGAAGUCUCUUCAAGUACAGCAGUGUUGCUUUUACAUGGAAUGAGAUUUUCGUCAAAAACGUGGCUGGAUUUGAAAACAUUAGAAAAACUUGCAGAGUGGAAAUUCAGGUCAAUUGCAGUCGAUUUACCAGGUUAUGGUAAAUCAAAAGAUACUUUUCCUCCAGAGCAAAAAGGGAAGUUCCUAUCUGACUUAUGUGUUGCAUUUUCGAUUGAAAAGGCAAUCGUUAUAAGUCCUUCAAUGAGCGGACAGUAUUCUCUACCAUUUGUACAUGAAUUCGGGCAUAAGGUUCAAGCUUACAUACCAAUUGCGCCAGUGGAGACUGAAAAGUAUUCACAAGAAGCUUAUGGGAAAGUAAAAACUCCAACUUUCAUUGUGUAUGGCGCAAAUGAUGAACUACUUGGAGAGCAUUCUCUAAAUAAUUUAAAGCAAAUACCUGGUAACCGUGUAAUUAAAAUGAAAAACGCAGGACACGCAUGCUAUUUAGACCAGCCUGAAGAAUGGCAUGGUCACCUUAAAGAAAUUUUGUCCAGCCUAUAAAGUUACCACGGCGACUUUUGAAUUAUGAACCAUGCUAUGAGAAAAAUGUGCCAAAUUUUUAUCGAUUUUAAUCAAAAAUUGUAAUUUUUUACUUUGCUUUUUAAAUAGUUUUAAAUCGAAAACUUAUUUACCUUAUUUUUUUUAUAAACAGGUUUUCUUUUUAAAAAGUAUAUUUUUAAUUCUUUAUAAUUUUAAUGUAUUAUGUUUAUCUUGUGUGUAUGCAAGUGCAUAUUGUUUAACUGUGCAAUGUAAUUCUAAAGUGCUAAAUCAUACUUUUAUUCGCUCUGAGUGUUGCUUCUGUAAUUAUGUGAAUUCGCUUCAUUUUUGUGGUAACAUUAUCCCAUUUGGAAAGCUGUUGCGUGAGACUUGAACACACUUUGUUGGGUUUAAAGUCCAAAAUGACUUUUUAGCAUGGGGUUUAUGUAACCACUACGUUAUUAAAGCAAUUGUUUCUCUAUAA